UUUCAUAGUCUGUAUCUUUAUUUCUAUAUUUAUCUUUGCAGUAUGAUGAAGUGGAUAAUAUUCACAAUUCUUUUAUGGAUACCAUUUUGUGCUGCAUUCUAUGCCAGACAGGGACCAUGCCCCAAUAUGACAGCAGUGGGGGACUUUGAUAUGGAGCGCUUCUUGGGAACUUGGUAUACCUAUUCUAUAUAUACCCCUGUCACAACGACAGUUGCCCGAUGCCAGAAAACCGAGUUCAUACAAUACGAUGCGAACUUUUAUAAAAUGAAGUCACUUGAGCUUAGCACGCAGACUGAUACGGUCAAGGUGAGACAAGCACUUAUCAAAGAAGUAGAUUCUUCAAAGGGAAGGUAUAUUCAAGAAACGCACAAUAAAGUUCUUCCCGAAGGAGUACAAAUAUACAUCCUGGAUACAGACUACGACAAUUUUGCCAUUCGCUUCAUGUGCUUCGAGGCCCUUUCUAUUUUCAGUUUUCAUUGGGCUGUUAUUCAGACUCGAAAACGUUUACCAAAUGCUGGUAUCAUCUAUGUGGCCCAGGAACUGGCUAAAAAAAAUGGAAUAGCUAUUUCUCAUAUGAGCAAAGUUCAUCAAGAGUCUUGUCCACGGGAUAGUUAA